CUUAAAAUCAACAAGGAUGAGAACACCAAGUUAUACUAUGGAGAUAAACUACUUCUCCCAAAGGAAUGCUCCAAUACGGUCGAACCUGUUCAGAAGCUACUCGUGCAACUGGUAUGUUACCGUAUAUCCCAAGGGAAACGGUAUUAAUACACACAUGUCUAUGUAUCUAGAUGUUGCAAAUUCGCUCUCACUGUAUCAAGGAUGGUGGAGACGUGCCAAGUUUCGUUUUGUUAUCGUGAACCAAUCCAAUGUCGCCAGGUCCAAACGUCUAGCAACUUCUUACACCUUCAACAAGACUUGGCCAAACCUGGGUUUCAAAAAGGCCUUGCGUCUUACCAAACUUCAAGAGGAAAUGUUUCUUGUGAACGACAAACUUAAAAUUGAAGUCUACGUUUAUGUAUAUGAUAUUAUGGGUAUACUAGAUACACAUGUGUUACCUGAAAAGAAGGACACGACCGUGUGUGUCAAUGGAUUCCAAGUUCUUGAUUCUCAAGUCAAGUCAGCAAACAUUAUUUUUGAGACUUAUCCUGAAACAGCAUUGUAUAUUUAUCCACAAGAUCCACAGCUUAAGACAGCAUACAUGAACAUUCUCCUCAGAAUCUACGAGAUACUUUACAACAAUCCUCUUGAGAAGCUCACGGAAAGUGAGCUAAGUAAAGUUUCCAAGGAUUUGCUUGAUCUGACACAAGCUGGUUUUAAGCUGGAAUGGUUGAGGGAAAAGCUUGAGAAGGCUUCCGUGGAGAGGAAGAAACUCGCUGGUUAUGAAGCUCAUGCUCUGGAACUUGGAAAACAGUUGAAGAAUCUUGAGCUGAUGAUGUGUAAUCUCAAAGCUGAGAUAAAGUCGAAAGCGGAGAGCUGACUAUAUUAUUAUAGUUGGGUUUUAAUAACUUUUAGUAUAUCUUAUGAUUUCUUCUUUAUUGUUUUCCAGGUUUUGAUUUAAGAUCAAUCAUAGAUCCUAGG